AAAUACUGCCACAUGGAAGAGACCCAUUGUACCAUCUAUAGUGAAACUGUCCAAUUACUAGCUAAUUUUGUUCAGCUUUGUAAACAUUAGUAACUUGGUGAUUUUAUUUUUUUGAUAAUAAAUACUGCAUUAUUAAAAUAUUAUUAAAAACUACAUAUAAUUAGUAAAAAUUAACCGUUGUCUGAUUAUUCUGUAUUUUUUAAAUAAUUUUAUAUAUACCACUGAAAAUGACAACAUGAGAAAGAAAAGUUGAAAAAUAAUAAUUGUAUGUUAGAAAGUAUAGAAAAUUAAAAAGUAUAAUAACAAUUCCUGUAAACAUAGAAGAACACAGGUACGAAUAAAAUUCAAAUUUAUGAAUAUAAAAGUAUAUGUGUAUCUGUUUAAUACGAUUCUGUAAUACAACUACAUUCUUUUAAUAUUUUAAUUAUACAAACAUCUCAACAGUAUAAAAUAUUCAAUACGACAAUAUACAUAAAUACAUAGUAUAAUAUUUAGAAAUAAAAUAGAAUAAAAGCUUUAAAAAUUUGAUUACUUCUUUAACAUAGCUUUGAAUGUCAGGUAAGAACAUGUGCAUAUAAUUGUUUGAAGUUAACCUGUUUCGUUCUUUAUUAUAGUUUAUUUACCAACAUGAGCUACGGGCAGCUUACCCGGUUUCGAAACUAUAAAUUUAGUACAAAAUUGAAGAAUUCGAUUAUUAAUAUUUCUAAUAAAAUAGAAAAUUUUGAAACACCAGAGAGGCUAAAAGGAACAUUUCUUGAGCGAUGGGGAAGAUAUUGGAAGAAUGUUUAUCUAGAUUAUAAAGGUGUAGCAGAAGAUAUUGUUAAAGAGUGUAAAGAACGUCCAAUAAAAGUCUCAACAUAUACUGCUCUUACAGCAUUCUGUGUAUAUUUAAAUAAAUAUAAUCCAGAUGAAUGUUCCUUCAGAGAAUAUUUAUUACAAAAUAGUAUGAAGUUAAUGCAAGUAGCAGAACCACUACGAAAUCCAAUCUCUGAAAAUCAUGUUAAGUGGUUAGAACAAUGUUACAAUGAAGGAGUUAUAAGACGAUUAAAUUUAGGCAUAAUUUCAAUAAUUUGGAUAGACAAUUAUGACAAAGUGUGUUCCCUGUAUAAAGCAGUUUGUCCUUAUUUACGUCCUCGGUAUAUAACAUUUCAUGAAAGAAUAGUGGACAUAGGAUGUUUAGACAAAUGGUGGAUCUUAGAAAAUAAAAUGAAAAAUUACGAUGUAAAUGAAGCAGAAUUCAGUAAUAUAAAAGAAGAAUAAUUUAAUAUAAAGGCAGGCAUAUUUAUGUGUAUAUAAUGUCAAAUAUUGAAUAAAUUCUUAAUUUACAAAUA